AUGUCGCAGACCGAGGCAGCGACACUUCUCCUCAAACACCAGGAUAAAGAUGCAGAUUCAGCUUCCAAAGAAACUCAGCACCACUGCAACGAGGUAGUACAAAAGCUCGGAUGUCUCGCGCUUGCCAUUGAUCUUGCUGGAGCCUACAUCAGCAGCGACGCCAUGCCUCAGGUUGCUCUGUCGCGAUAUCUCACCGACUAUGACAAGCACCACAACGAGCUCCUCAAGACGGACGGGUUUCGGGGACUGCGACCGCCAGAAAAGACUGUUUGGACAGCGUGGAACGCCACGCGGGGGAAAAUCAAGAGGGAAUAUACGUCCAUGCGGCCCGGCUUGUUACUCACGUUUCUUUGCGCAAUUUAA